AUGAGUAUUCAUUUGGAAUACUCGGAUGAUAGGGGUAACUAUGAUGAUCGGGUCGAUGAUGAUGGUUGGGGGUAUGUGAACCGGGGGAAUGUCUACAACGCUAUAGGGUUCGACGACGAUGAAUUUGGCUAUCAAAAUGCUAAUUUUGUGGGGAACGACAAUUAUGGGUAUGGGAAUGUGAGGAACGACGGUUACGGAAACAACCGAAACCCACGAAACAACAAUCAAAGGAACCAGAAUGAUGGGUUCUACAACAACAACAAUAAUGAAUUGGCCCGCAUGAAGAAGAAAGAAGUGGGUGCGGUACAAUAUAGCGUUUGUGAAGAAUGUGGUGACAUCGGUCACCGGACGAGAAUUGCCAAGCCACCGCGGAUGUGA